GCCCCAGCAGGUGACCGCGGGCGUGCGUGCGGGGCCCCGGGAGCGAGCGAGGCGGGACGGUGUAGACGCGGCCGGCGCGCCAAAGUCGUCCAAGUUUUGCCGGAACAUGGCGGAGGAGUCCGGCCAGCGCAUCGACGCUCCGAGCACCGGUGACUGUAGCCGCUAGCGCCGCGGGGCGAGGUCGUCGCCAUGGCCCGUUGGAUCCCUACCAAGAGGCAGAAGUACGGGGUUGCAAUCUACAACUACAAUGCAUCUCAAGAUGUGGAACUCUCCUUGCAGAUCGGCGACACCGUCCACAUUCUGGAGAUGUAUGAGGGUUGGUACAGAGGAUAUGCUCUCCAGAACAGAUCUAAAAAGGGCAUUUUUCCUGAAACAUACAUCCAUUUGAAAGAAGCAACCGUGGAAGAUGGAGGGCAGCAUGAGACCGUGAUUCCAGGGGAGUUGCCCCUAGUUCAGGAGCUCACGAACACAUUACGAGAAUGGGCCGUCAUCUGGCGCAAGCUCUAUGUGAACAACAAGGUUACACUAUUCCGCCAGCUGCAGCAAAUGACAUACAGUCUGAUCGAGUGGCGCUCCCAGAUCCUAUCUGGGACACUUCCUAAGGAUGAACUUGCAGAGCUGAAGAAGAAGGUCACAGCCAAAAUCGAUCAUGGGAACAGAAUGCUUGGACUGGAUCUUGUCGUGCGAGACGACAACGGAAACAUCUUAGAUCCGGAUGAGACCAGCACUGUCGCCCUCUUCAGGGCCCAUGAACUUGCUUCUAAAAGGAUAGAGGAAAAGAUCCAAGAGGAGAAGAGCAUUUUGCAGAACCUGGACUUGAGAGGUCAGGCAAUCUUCAGUACUGUCCACACCUAUGGCCUCUAUGUGAACUUCAAGAACUUUGUCUGUAACAUUGGGGAGGAUGCGGAGCUGUUCAUAGCCCUGUAUGACCCAGACCAGUCCACCUUCAUCAGUGAGAACUACCUAAUUCGCUGGGGCAGUAACGGGAUGCCCAAGGAGAUAGAGAAGUUGAACAACCUCCAAGCAGUCUUCACCGACCUCAGCAGUACAGACCUCAUCCGGCCACGCAUCAGCCUCGUGUGCCAGAUUGUCCGGGUGGGCCGCAUGGAGCUGAAGGAGGGCAAAAAACACACCUGCGGCCUCCGGAGGCCCUUUGGGGUGGCAGUGAUGGAUAUUAGUGAUAUCGUGCACGGGAAGGUGGAUGAUGAAGAAAAGCAGCAUUUUAUCCCCUUUCAGCAAAUUGCCAUGGAAACCUACAUCCGCCAGAGGCAGCUCAUCAUGUCACCCUUGAUAACUUCCCAUGUGAUUGGAGAGAAUGAGCCACUCACUUCGGUCCUAAAUAAAGUCAUCGCUGCAAAGGAAGUGAAUCACAAAGGACAAGGUCUUUGGGUGUCCUUAAAGUUACUGCCAGGUGACCUCACACAGGUUCAGAAGAACUUCUCACACCUGGUGGACCGAUCAACAGCAGUAGCUCGGAAAAUGGGCUUUCCAGAAAUAAUCCUGCCAGGGGAUGUUCGAAAUGAUAUUUAUGUCACCCUGAUCCAUGGCGAGUUUGACAAGGGGAAGAAGAAGACACCUAAGAAUGUUGAGGUGACCAUGUCUGUGUUUGAUGAGGAAGGCAACCUUUUAGAGAAAGCCAUUCAUCCUGGUGCUGGGUACGAAGGCGUCUCAGAAUACAAGUCAGUGGUGUAUUACCAAGUCAAACAGCCUUGUUGGUACGAGACGGUCAAGGUCUUCAUCGCCAUUGAGGAGGUCACACGCUGCCACAUAAGAUUUACCUUCCGACACAGGUCAUCUCAAGAAUCCAGAGAUAAAUCAGAGCGAGCCUUUGGGGUGGCCUUUGUGAAACUGAUGAACGCGGACGGCACCACGCUGCAGGAUGGGAGGCAUGACCUGGUGGUGUACAAGGGUGAUAAUAAGAAAAUGGAAGAUGCUAAAUACUAUCUGACUCUGCCUGGGACCAAAGCAGAGCUGGAAGAAAAGGAACUCCAAGCAUCCAAAAACCCAUCCGUCUUUACACCCAGCAAAGACAGCACAAAGGACAGUUUUCAGAUUGCCACACUCAUAUGCUCCACAAAACUCACCCAGAAUGUGGACCUGCUAGGCUUACUAAACUGGCGUUCCAAUUCUCAGAACAUUAAGCACAACCUGAAGAAGUUAAUGGAAGUGGAUGGAGGAGAGAUCGUUAAGUUUUUACAGGAUACACUGGAUGCACUUUUUAACAUAAUGAUGGAAAUGUCAGACAAUGAAACGUAUGACUUCCUUGUGUUUGAUGCUCUGGUCUUCAUCAUUUCGCUGAUAGGAGAUAUCAAGUUUCAGCAUUUUAAUCCUGUACUUGAAACCUACAUUUACAAGCACUUCAGUGCUACCUUGGCUCACGUGAAACUCUCCAAGGUACUGAACUUUUAUGUGGCUAAUGCCGAGGACCCUAGCAAGACGGAAUUGCUCUUUGCUGCUUUGAAAGCCUUGAAGUACCUGUUCCGAUUCAUCAUCCAGUCUCGGGUGCUCUACUUGAGGUUUUAUGGUCAGAGCGAAGAUGGAGACGAAUUUAACAACUCAAUCCGCCAGCUGUUUCUUGCUUUCAACACACUGAUGGACAGGCCUCUGGAAGAAGCUGUCAAGAUCAAGGGGGCGGCCCUAAAGUACCUUCCCAGCAUAAUUAAUGACGUCAAACUGGUGUUUGAUCCCAUGGAGCUCAGUGUGCUCUUCUGCAAGUUCAUCCAAAGCAUUCCUGACAACCAGUUGGUCCGGCAGAAACUUAACUGCAUGACCAAGAUAGUGGAGAGCAGCCUUUUCCAGCAGGCAGAGUGCAGGGAGGUGCUGCUGCCGCUCCUGACAGACCAGCUCAGUGGCCAGCUAGACGACCACUCGACCAAACCCGACCAUGAGGCAAGCUCACAGCUUCUAAGCAACAUCCUAGAGGUGCUAGACAGGACGGAUGUGGGUCCCACUUCAGCACACAUACAGCUGAUCAUGGAGAGGCUGUUGAGAAGGAUCAACCGGACUGUGAUUGGGAUGAGCCGACAGUCUCCUCACAUUGGAAGCUUUGUGGCUUGCAUGAUUGCCGUCUUACGACAAAUGGAGGACAGCCACUACAGCCUCUACAUCAGCACCUUCAAAACCAGGCAGGACAUCAUGGACUUUCUCAUGGAAACCUUCAUUAUGUUUAAGGAUCUAAUUGGAAAGAAUGUAUAUGCCAAAGAUUGGAUGGUCAUGAAUAUGACCCAGAACAGGGUUUUCCUCCGUGCCAUCAAUCAGUUUGCUGAAGUUCUCACCAAGAGCUUCAUGGACCAAGCAAGCUUUGAACUCCAGCUCUGGAACAAUUACUUCCAUUUGGCUGUAGCUUUUCUCACCCACGAGUCCCUCCAGCUUGAAACUUUCUCAGAAGCCAAACGCAACAAAAUUGUGAAAAAAUACGGGGACAUGAGAAAGGAAAUCGGCUUUAGGAUCCGGGACAUGUGGUAUAACCUGGGGCCACACAAAAUCAAAUUCAUCCCAUCCAUGGUGGGUCCCAUUCUGGAAGUCACUCUGACCCCUGAAGUGGAGCUCCGAAAGGCCACGAUCCCCAUUUUCUUUGAUAUGAUGCAGUGCGAGUUCAACUUGAGCGGAAAUGGCAACUUCCAAAUGUUUGAGAACGAGUUGAUCACCAAGCUGGAUCAGGAAGUGGAAGGCGGCCGAGGAGACGAAGAAUACAAGGUUCUUCUGGAAAAGCUACUCUUAGAACAUUGCCGGAAACAUAAAUAUCUCUCGAGCUCUGGGGAAGUCUUUGCCUUCCUGGUCAGCAGCCUCUUAGAGCACUUGCUGGACUACAGAACCAUCAUCAUGCAUGACGAGAGCAAGGAGAACCGCAUGAGCUGUACAGUAAACGUUCUGAAUUUUUAUAAAGAAAAGCAUCGAGAGGACAUAUACAUACGGUAUUUGUACAAGCUUCGAGAUUUGCACAGAGACUGUGAGAACUAUACAGAAGCCGCCUACACACUCCUCUUACACGCGGAGCUUCUGCAGUGGUCGGACAAGCCCUGCGUGCCCCAUUUGCUGCAGAGGGAUAGUUACUAUGUUUAUACUCAGCAGGAACUUAAAGAGAAGCUGUAUCAAGAGAUCAUAUCCUAUUUUGAUAAAGGCAAAAUGUGGGAGAAGGCCAUCAAACUGAGCAAAGAGUUGGCGGAGACCUACGAGAGCAAAGUCUUUGACUACGAGGGUCUAGGCAGUCUCUUGAAAAAAAGAGCCUUGUUUUACGAGAACAUCAUUAAGGCCAUGAGGCCCCAGCCUGAAUACUUUGCUGUGGGAUACUAUGGACAGGGCUUCCCUUCCUUCCUGCGGAACAAAAUCUUCAUCUACCGGGGUAAGGAGUACGAGAGGCGAGAGGACUUCAGCUUGAGGUUGCUGACCCAGUUCCCGAAUGCCGAGAAGAUGACCAGUACCAUACCACCAGGAGAGGACAUCAAGUCAUCGCCAAAGCAGUACCUUCAGUGCUUCACAGUGAAGCCUGUGAUGAGCUUGCCUCCCAGCUACAAGGACAAGCCGGUUCCAGAGCAGAUCCUGAACUACUAUAGAGCCAACGAAGUGCAGCAGUUCAGAUAUUCCCGGCCCUUCCGGAAAGGAGAAAAAGACCCAGAAAACGAAUUCGCCACCAUGUGGAUUGAAAGGACCACAUACACGACGGCCUAUACCUUCCCUGGGAUUCUCAAGUGGUUCGAAGUCAAACAGAUUUCAACAGAAGAAAUCAGCCCUUUGGAGAAUGCCAUAGAAACCAUGGAGCUGACCAACGAGAGGGUCAGCAACUGCGUACAGCAGCACGCCUGGGACCACUCCCUCUCUGUGCACCCGCUCUCCAUGCUGCUCAGUGGCAUUGUAGACCCCGCUGUCAUGGGGGGCUUCUCCAACUACGAAAAGGCUUUUUUUACAGAAAAGUACUUACAAGAGCAUCCUGAGGACCAGGAGAAGGUGGAGCUCCUCAAGCGGCUGAUCGCCUUACAAAUACCUCUGCUCACGGAAGGGAUCCGCAUCCACGGGGAGAAGCUGACGGAGCAACUCAAGCCACUGCAUGACCGGCUGUCUGUGUGCUUCCGUGAACUCAAAGAGAAAGUAGAGAAGCUGUACGGGGUCAUAACGCUGCCACCCAGCAUGACAGAGAGGAAGCCGAGCCGCACGGGCUCAAUGGUACUGCCCUACAUCCUGUCCUCCACGCUGCGCAGGCUGUCUGUCACCUCUGUGGCCUCCUCCGUGGUCUCCACCUCCUCCAACUCUUCUGACAAUGCACCCUCCAGGCCAGGAUCUGAUGGGUCCAUCCUGGAACCACUGUUUGAACGCAGAGCUUCAUCAGGUGCCAGAGUUGAAGAUCUGCCGCCCAAAGAAGACAGUGAGAACCGGAUUAGCAAGUUCAAGAGGAAAGACUGGAGUGUGAGCAAGUCACAAGUCAUUGCAGAAAAGGCUCCAGAACCUGAUAUGAUGAGCCCAGGCAAAAAAACACAAAGGCCAAAGAGUCUUCAGUUGGUGGACAGCCGGCUGACACCAUUCCACAGUCCCUCGCCUCUGCAGUCUACAGCCUUGAGCCCACCUCCACUCACCCCCAAAGCCACGAGGACCCUGAGCUCCCCAUCUUUGCAAACGGAUGGGUUGACAGCUUCUGUCCCUCCUCCACCUCCCCCUAAAAGCAAACCAUAUGAGAGCAGUCAGAGGAACUCGGCUGAGAUUGCCCCCCCACUGCCUGUCCGGAGAGACGCCAAAGCCCCACCUCCACCCCCUCCAAAGGCUCGGAAAUCAGGCAUUCUCUCUUCUGAGCCAGGCUCUCAGUGAGGCUGUCACCCUGGCUCUGCACCUCCCAGUGCCUUGGACCACUACUGCCUGAGAAGGGCCCCCAGGAAUGGUGGCCGGUGGCACGGGGCUCCCUGCCAGCGCUGCAUGCUGUGCUGAGUCGGCUCCCCAACUCAGAACUGUUUGGUUCGUCUGGACGCUGAGUUCCAUCCCCUUCAACCCAUGCAACUUCCAGAACUGGCCAUCUGUCUGCAUGAAGAAACAAGUGCUCUCUCCCUUUCCCAUGGUGGCAUGUUGGCCUCAACUACGGACUUGCUGGACCUACAGAUGCCCCUGCCUGUGGUGACACAGGGACAGUGGAGUGGGGGACAGCCCCAGCACUGACUUCUGCUUGGAUUUCUCAGUUAGCUCCUGGACAGCUGUGCUGAAGACUUCCUUCU